AUGUGGCACUUAAGGUUGUCAAGCACGUCAUUCGACCCAAGGGUAGUUUAUGACGGACACCUUACAUUGUUUACCAUCAAGCUACAUCAUGGAGGUGAGUUCACAAAGUUUCCAAAUGUCAACUACAUUGAGGGUACUGUGACAUACGUAGAUAUAGUGGAUAUAGAAGAGUUUUCUAUUCACGAGAUGGAUGCGAUUAUGAAAGGGUUAGGAUUCUCAGUUCCUCCAGUUAUCUACUAUCAUUUUCGAGUGCCAAAGGGAGACAUGCAUUUUGGGCUACGGGCCCUAGGAAAUGAUGAUGAUGUCCUCAAUCUUUCCCACUAUGUGAAGGAGCAUAAACUGAUAAGGGUUUACACCGAGCAUGAGGAGACCGAUGAACAUCAAAACCCCCCAACUAAUAACCAACCCAGUAGCAUGCCACAAACAUGCAUACCACCUAUGAUAGCAAAUGAAGUUGCUUUAGCCUUGUCGAUAUCCCCUGAAUAUAAUAAGAAAAGGGAAUUUAUCAAGGACAAACCAUUGUCAUCAUGUAUUAAGAAAUUGGUGAUGGAUGAUGUUAGUGUUGAUAGGAUUGGUGGGAAUAAGGAUGACGCAGAUAAUGAAAUUGACCACGGAUUUAAUGAAUUUGAUGAGGAAUGUAAUGAUAUUAACCAGGAUUUUAAUGAAUUUCAUGAGGCAUGUAAUGAUAUUAACCAAGGAUUUAAUGAAUUUCAUGAGGCUGCUAUUGACUUUGAUAUUAGGUUGUACCAACAGAUUUUACAAUCUAAUGAACAGAAUAUAGAUGAUGAGGUUCAUGAAGGUGAGGAAAAUGCAGUUAAUAAGGAAGUCACUAAAGAAGAGAAUCAUGACAGAAAUGAAAUGAAUGAUGAGAAUGUAGAGAUGAGAGAUUUUGCAGUUGAUGAUGGAAGUGAAGAUAACAUAGAGACUGAUGAAGACAAUACUGAAAGAAGUGAUGAAAGUGAGGACAGUGAUGAUAGUGAUUUCUAG